ACCCAACGUCUGUUUCCUCUCAUGAUCACAGUUUCUUUUGACUCCGCGAUCUACACGCCUACUCAGGAGCCACAAUGGUGAAGAUCUUCAUCGGGAACCUGUCCCAGGACACCGAGAGAGAUGCGAUCGAGAAGCUCUUCGCCGCGUACGGCACCGUGACCGAGUGUGCCAAGUACACCAACUUCGCCUUCGUGCACAUGGACGACCGGAAGAGCGCCACCAAGGCCAUCCGGGAGCUCAACCAGCACAAACUGGACGGCCGGCCCAUCAACGUGGAGCCCAGCAGGGGGAAGAACAAGGGCCCCCUGAAGCUCCACAUAGCCAACGUGGAGAGGGGCUUUGAGAAGGAGCUGCAGGAGCUGUUCGAGGAGUACGGCACGGUCACUGAGUGUGCCAUUGUCAAGGACUUUGCCUUCGUGCACAUGUCCAACUGUGACGAGGCCAUGGACGCCAUGCAGUUCCUGGACAACAUAGAGUUUCAGGGAAAGCGCAUUCAUGUUCAGGUCUCGAAGAGCAGACCAAGAGGGUACAACGAGGAGGAGGAGGACUACCCCCCUCCGCCGGCCAGGGGGGGCCCGGCCCCUUACCCUCCACGCUUCCCAGGGCACAGGCCGGAGCCUCCCUACGGGGGCCACAUGUCUCCCUACCCGCCACCACCUCCCCCCCCAAGAGGAGCAUCGUAUCCUGAGCGGCCAGCGUAUGCCUACGCCGGCCGAGGGGGCUACGGGAGCCACGGGAGCCACGCGGGCUACGGGAGCUAUGGGCGCCACGGGGCAGUGGAUAUCUAUGAGAAAUAUCGAGCACGUGCUGCGGGCUACGAUGACAGGCGUGCCAUCCCUCCGCCGCCUCCCCCCUCGGCUCUGGUAAGGGAGCGUCUGGGGAUUGGGGCCCCCUCCCCGUAUGAACGCCACCCGCUCCCGCCUCCUUCACCGUACGCACCCAGGGACCGGAGCCCUAUCAGAAGAAUCCCCCUCCCCCCGGCGCCGACACCUGGCAACGGCUAUUCCUAUGAGCGGUCUCGGCUCCCACCCAUGUCCAGGGCCCCCAUGUACCCGGGGGCCCGUUCCAGUUACUCCUAUCCGGAUCGAGUGCCGCCCCCUCCACCACCACCACCCCGCUACUCGGGCUAUUAGAGGGCUGUAACAGCAGAAUAUGACACGGUCGUCGUCUGCUGAUGCACGCGGCGCUAUGCCCAGCCCCCGCGCCACGCCCACGGCGGAUUGCGUCGCGUUCGCCUGGCGUAGCCUACUGGAAGAUAUCGCGGACGGCCCCGUACUUACCGCAAAAACACCCGAUCAAAGGCUUCUUCGGAGCUGUUCAUGCCUUUUCUGACCCCGUACUUGUUUGGAUGUUCAUAUUUUUAUGAUGUUGUGAAGAACAGGUUUCAACUUGCUGGCAGAAAAACAAGAGGACUCUGUUCAAUUUUUCUAAAUUAGCCUCCAAAAAUAAGAUUUCCAUAGCAAGGGAAUGUAUUUAGAUAAAAACAUGUCGGCGCUGUCAGCUGAUCCUUUUUUUUUUUUUUUUUUUCCUCUUAAAGCGAAGUUUAUCAUCACAAAAAAAUUAUAAUCUCAGGAAAAAACUACUUUCGAAUUGUUUCUCUUAAUGCUUGGUGUGGGAUGUUAUACAAUCUUUAAGAUUUGCUACGCAAGUAAGCAUGCUUUAAAAGUCAGUGUGAUUAUUAUUAUUUUUUAUUUCUUUUUUUUUUACGUUGUUUUCUUGCGAAAUUAGGACCUAUACUCCCCCGUCCUGUAUUUUUUUUAAUGUGUACACACAUAUAUAUAUGUAUAUAUAUGUGUGUAUAUAUAUGUGUUCUUAUUUGAAGGCAUUUUAAUAAAUUAAAUCAAAAAAACCUUUUAACUGUGACGUCAUUCCUCUCUGCACUUGGCGUUAGUUCAGCAGCAGGCGGCCGCUUUCAACAAAAACUAUGUCGGGGUUUUAUCGUGCCCCCAGUUUCCUGCUUUACACCGUAGAUAUUACGUAAGUUUAAAUGUGGUAGGUGAUGGUUUUUACCUCUGCUUUAAAAUAGAAGACAGAAAUUCACUGGCAGUGAAAGCUCCAUUUGCGCUUUUAAUAAAUCUUAUUUGACACUUGAGAAAUCAGGUUUUUGAGCAGCUUCUCAUGUUGGAUGCUUAAUUGUUAAUUAGCCUAAAUACACCCAGAUGGCAUUUAAUGAUAAAGAAAUGCUUUUAGACUUUUGGCAUAUAGUUGGUAGUGAAAAACAUAAUUUUCUUUAAUGAAUUUUAACCUUUAGGUCCUGUUUCAUGAGAAAAGUGUCUAACCAGCAGGAGCAGGUGAGCAUAGAUUAUUAAAGAAAGGUUGAGGUGAAGCAGUUUCUCUGCAGAGGUCAAAUGUUUCAUUUUAUAUCUGUGUAUUUAGCUGAUUUAAAAGGUGGCUGAACAUUUUGCUGAGGCUUCAGCCCCCAAAAAUAAAAAUAAAAGCUAAUAUUUAAUUUUUAAAAAGACAUGUGACGUCCAGCAUCUUUCUUUUUGUGCAGUUGAUUCAGGAAUGUAAUGGUGUCAACAUUUACUGUCCUCAGAGAGUCUGACAAAUUAUUAAUAUUAACCAAAAUGAGUAAAACGUCAUACAUGCAGGUAUCUAAACCAUCCUGGUGAGAUCCAGAUGUUGCAGUUCCUCGCGUCCGUGCAGCUGGUGUUUGGAUCCAGAAGCUGAACCCGCCGGCAACACUGUACGUUUGCGUGAUGUUUGAGAGAAACUGUGCACCAGUCGGGACCUGCGCUGUUGGGACUUUGAAAGUUGUUAGACUAUAUACAGGAGAUACUGGAUCCUAAGGCGUCGGCAGCAGACCUGUGUCCAGCAUCCUCAAGGAGCGAGCGUUGCUGAUGGCGACGGGGGGAGUUCAGAUACGGGCUGGGAAGAAUGUCAUCAGACGGCUGCAGGGAGGUAAACAGCGAGCUGGCAUCUUCCCCACAAAACAAGUGUAUUUGUGAAUGAUUAAUGAAGGCUGUGCCAUGUUUUACAGGAUGUGGGGUCCUACUCUGGUCUGUUGGUGCUGUAAUUCACCUCUAAUUCUCACCUGUUUCAUAUCCCUAAAAUAUCUAUAUCAAAUCUCCAUAUCUAACAUUUUAAACCUCAAACAGUUUGCUGUAUAUUAUAUACUGCAUGGCCUUUCCGGUGGUUAUUCUUUAUAGCUAUAUUAUAUUUUUUAGGACUUGUAUUCAUGUACUUUUGAAAUCGUCUUUCAUUUUUAAGAA